AAGAAAAAGAAGACGAUAAAUGCAAGUGGCACCAUUAGAGCACCACUAUACUUGAGUUUGCUAACACUGCUAUUUUUUAUCACCGUCUCUUUGUAAUUGCAACUACACACCUUCUCCUGAAGAAACUGCAACUUCAUGGCGGCAUUUGAUAUUGAGGCUUCCUCUUCCUCUUCUGGAUCUUUCACUUACGAUGUGUUUCUCAAUUUUAGGGGUGAAGAAACUCGCAAUAACUUCACUGGUUUUCUUCACAACGCUAUGAAAAGAGAAGGAAUCAAUGUAUUUAUAGAUAGCGAAGGCCUGUGGGGUGGAGAAGAAAUCAAAUCGGCACUCCUCCAAGCAAUUAAACAAUCCAAAAUCUCGAUUCCUGUCUUCUCUGAAGGAUAUGCGGAUAGCAAAUGGUGCCUCAUGGAACUGGUUGAGAUAGUUAGAUGCCAUACAUCCAACGGUCAAAAAAUUCUGCCCAUAUUUUUGGAUGUUGAUCCUAGAGAUGUUCGAAAUCAGAAAGGAAGUUUUGAAGAAUCAUUUCAGAAACACAAUGGGAAAUUUGAUGCCCAGACCAUAAAGAGUUGGAGAGAAGCCUUAAGUGUAGUCGGAGGUUUAUCGGGAUACCAUCUCAAGCAAGUAAACAUGAAUCAACCAGAGCUAGUUAAAUUAGUUGUUGAUUGGGCAUUGAGUGAAUUGAGUAGCAAUUGUUUGGCUGAAGUUAAAAAUCCUAUUGGCUGUGAAAUUGACGAUCUUGGGCUGGAAAAUGGUGACAUGGGAGUUCAAUUCAUCUAGAUUUUGUAAGGGCCUUCAAGGUUCAGAGAAGUCAAAUUCCAAUGGUAUGAAGUAGUAUUCCUGUGAAAAUUU